GAGUGCAUAAUAAAUGGCAAAUGGGAUUUGACGGCGAAGCCCCGAUGCACGAAAGCCCAAGACCUUUAGCCAUGGCAUACGAUCGCAAAAGAAGAGAAAAAGGAAGAAAAAUAUUGAAAAUUGCCAAGUAAAAUCAAUACGCGGGUUUCCGAGCCGGGGAGCCUCAUCUGGCGGUCAAUAUGGAGAAAUCGGGCCUUCUAAAAGAUGUACGACAGAUAAUCGGGGGAUUUAUUUAGAGCGGAUCCCCCCGAAUCAAUGGUAGUGUUGUAUUUUUUCGUUUUCAAUCUCAUAGUCAGCCACCUUAAUACAAUAUGGAUAACUCGUGUACAAUUCUGGAUUCUUCCAGCAAUAUGCCUGAACCAUUCUGUGUUUCUCGGAUUUACGUGGUUUCUAUUUGCAUACUUCCUUUACAAUGUCCACGGAGCCAGGGGCUUGUUACAUUUGCUAUCUCGCGGUAGGGAGAAGUUAUUAUUUUGUGUGAUGGGGAAUGAUACAAGCAGUGUCCCCUCGGAGGCUAACACCCCAGUCUCCCCGUCCUCGGAAUGGCAGUCCGUCUACUCCGUGGGCUCCAAGAGGCGCUCCUCCGUCUCCUCCACCCGACUCCCCACGCCGACCGAGCCCCCGGAACCGGAUCUCAGCCACCUGUCAGAGGAUGAAAUCCGGACCAUCCGCUCCGUUAUCGGCAGGGCCAAAACCAUGCAGCAAGAGGAGCAACAGAGGAUAAGGAAGCUCGAGGAAGACUACAUUGCGCAUGCGACAACAGUUGAACAGAGGGCGCUGUCAGUGGAAACGGAGAAAUCAGAAGUUCAUUUAUGUCCCAUCUGCCUUAAAAAUGAGCUCAGUUUGGAUGAACCCCCGGGCAUUCGCUCGGGUCAAAACAUAUGCAAUGACUGUGGAGUUCUCACGUGUAGUGACUGUGGAGCUUUCCAGGAAUCUAUCACGUCUAAGCUUCAGGACUGGGUGUGUGUUGUCUGUGGAAAGAGACGGAAGUUGGUGUUCAGUACAGGGCUGUGGCAUCCUGGGAUUCACCCCACGGACGACAUUCCCCUGGAGAAAGAGCUGGCGAGUCAGUUAGACAAACUGAAGACAGAAGAACAAGCCAAACCUCCACUCAAAAAAUCCACGUCAAUUGAUCAAGCGCCAAAACGACCACCACUACCUCGGCAGAAAUCACUUCCGGUUCCGGUAGUCCUACCCAAGGUUCCGGAGACAACCGUGUCCCCUCAACAGACCCCAAGUCAGGUCAGUCUGUCUGGCCGCUCUGACGUCAUUGUACCCGAGAGCUCGGAGUCCGAGGACUAUGCAACCUUACCAGCAAAAGCCAAGUUUAGCUCCGCGCUGUGGAAUAUGGUUGGAAGCUGUGCUAUGGGACCGAUGGGUCGGAGUGCACAUUCACGUAGUGAUUCCGAGUCAUCGGAUGUGACGUCAGACGUUGAUAUGGUGGAUGUAUCUAUGCAAUAUCAGCAGGGAGACGCUAUCAGUCCUGACGACGGAAGUGACGAUUACUCCAUGAUGAGUAUCGGCAGCAGCGGGGAAGAGAGUCUGAAGCGGAAGCCAAAACAUCGCCCCAAAUCUCUCAGUAUCCCGAGAUCUCAGAGUGCCACGUCAUCAGACGACGAGACUUCAGACAGCAAUGUUAGUACAGACACAGAGUGCCGCUUGGCUCAUCUUGAAGGAAUGGAUGGUGAACUAGUUGCGCGCGCAGCUUCUGCCUUUGCAGAAGAAAUGGAAGACUUCCAAUCGCAUGAUCCGUGGAAAGAACUUCAGUUGAAACCAGGAGGUGAUUUGCAUGACGAUAUGAAGAAGAGAAGCCCGUAUGCCCCACGGAGCCCUAGCUGGAGGGAGGGGUUGGAGAGUCCACCCUUUUCUCCGAGACGUCGUGACUCUUACCCAGGGAAAAAACGAGGGUCCCCGACCCGUUCCCCAAAAGAACGGCAUCACUUCACGUUCGCUGAGCUUCCCACGUCACCGACAGCAAAACAACCGCAGUCAGAGACGGACGUUCUUUACGCGGCGGAAUACCCGGAUGAUCAGCCAGCAUAUAUUCCCGGAGUUCAUCCUCUUGACGACAAAAAUGUUCACGGUUAUGCAUCUGGUUAUGAUAAAGAAGGACAAAGGGAACACGUGGAUAUUGUUGAUUACGAAUGUGAGCCUAGAAUAAUUGCACGUAUACCUGAAUCAACUGCCUGUAUGGAUUUAGCUACGUAUGCCGCCACUAUCGCUAGCAACACGGCAAACCUAACUCAAAUGUCAGUGUCUCCGACAAAUCUUAAUGUUCACUCGAAUAGGGAGAAUAUGAUAUCUCCCGACUCUCAAGGGAGUAAUGGAAGUGCGUCCCCAAUAUCACCCGGGUAUUACGAACACGGGACUAUUCCUGAGGAGGACGAGGAGGAGGAGGAGAUAGAGCUCGCCGAUCCCUCCUCUAAAUCUAUUGACUAUCAGGGAAGUAAACGCCAGAAAGCCCGCCCCCCGUCAACCGACUGGUCCCCGGUGAUUGACCUCUCACCUAUCCUGGACGUGUCGCCCUCUAUUGAGGAGGCGGAGCAGGAAGACAUGUUAGUGAUUCAGGAGCAGGAGAGGAGGAGGAGGGAAUCACAAGAGGAGGACACUUCCGGUGAGGAAUCGAAGCACUUUUUCCAACCGGUGAAAGAGGAGGACGAUUUAAAGUCUUUCUACGGACUAAAACGAUACGAUCGUGUGGAAGAUAUUUGUAAGUUGUUGGAUGUUCCUGCUAGUGAGUUUGAAGACAUUAAGAAAAGCCCGGACACACAAGGGAAUGUUUCUAUUACUAAUACUGCUGGUUCUUCGCAAAUGGCUGUCACCACAACAGAACAGCCGUUUGUGUGUACAACAUCUGUUUCCUCGAACACGACCACUACAGAUAUACCCCCACAGACGUCUUCAGAAAAUAAGAUAAAACUUAACAUGUCUAAUGUUUUAAAUUCCUCGAAAGGAAAAAUGGACUCUGUAGAUGCAGCCUCUCCUAGUUCAGAUAAGUCUGAUGGAAAAGGUGACGGUAAAUCAAAGGAGAGCAAAGUAAGACGAAAACUGCCAGAGCCCACCGCCGACAUGAUAGCUCAACAUUCCAGAAAGAAGAAGCCCCUGCCGCCACUACCGCCCACUACCUUACAAAAAGAUCCAGAAAGCGAGCAGAAAAAUAAAAACUAUGCCACAGUGAUUAUACCAGAAAGAAAAUUUACGUCUGCUGCGUCAAAGUCGUUGUCGGAACCCCCGCCUGCCAAAAAUUUGAAGGAUCAAAUUCAGAAACAAGAUUCGGAGGAACGGAGACGAAGAGCAAAAGAUCUGAAAGCCAAGCCGGAUCCGUUACUGAUACAGCAUAUUGAAGCAGAGGAAAAGUCACUGUCUCCUCAAUAUAAAGUUUUGGAUUCUCCACCGAGUCCGGAAUCUAGGUCAUCGUUAAAACGAGACUACUCGGACAGCACUUCUGUGUCGCCAUCUUCAUCUCCCGACCGUGAACUUUACCCCUUCCCGUCCCCGGUCACGCCCCCCGACUCAGAUUCCUCCCCGCCCAAACCCCACUCCCCCUCCUCCCCCGGGACGGACAACUUCGAAGACGACGGAGAACCGAAAGACAGGGCGCCCUCCGCUGAACCGAUUUACGAGUGUAUCUUCCCGGUGCCUGCUGGGAAAACUGAGACUGUGGGAAAAGUCACGACCGGAAGAGGAAGAAGCAGGAGAGCUGAUCAGUCUGCUGUAGAUGGCAAAAAAGUGAGACGGAAAUUACCACCACUUCCGCCGGAAGAGGCGGGCGCAACUCCGCCGCCAAUACCACCCAAACCGAAAUCGUACAGCGCAGCCCGCCGGAACCCUCCUCGGCACAGGUCCGGGUAUAUCACGCCCUCGUCUACUAGUGAUGAAUCGAUGAAUGAGGAAGAUUUCGAGGUCGCCAUGCUCACGAAACAGCGUCGCAUGAAUGAUUUAGACAAACCGUCACUGGACCGAUGGAAUGGGAAUUACCUACCGCCUGACAUGGAUGAUUCUAAAGUUAGGAAAAACGUGAAACAAAUGUAUAAUGAAGAUGUGAAGGCUAAUAUACCUCCUGAUGGUGCUGUGCAAUCUAAAGUAGGAGCUAUGGAUCAGUAUAAUAAAGAAAAAGACGAAACAGAUCAAAUAAUUGAUUCUUUGAUUACUAUAUAUGGUGUGCCAAUAACACAGGCAAUGAAAUCAUUGAAGAAACGCCUACAAGAUGAGUUAAGACGUGUGACGGAAGGAAGAAGGCGUCGAAUUGAAGAAAUUGAGGAAAUUCGAGCUUUACAAGCUCAAAUUUGUGAAUUAAAACUCAGUCAGGAUUAUGCAAAAGUGCAAGCCAAACGAAAUGCUCAAAAACAAGCCGCUGUAAAACCCGCAGGUCCCAGCAAUAAAAAACGUGGAUCCGUUCCUAUGGCUGCCCCUAGAUCCUCUCCUCAGGUAAUGCCCCGUAGGUCCCGCCACAAGAGACAGUCUAGCGAUCCAAUGAUCUCUAAGUUCUCUCCAAUUAAGGAAGACAAAGACAUUGAGGCCGAUUUUCAAUUAAAAGCACACAAGGAAACUACUCAGAAGUACAUUACAGAUGACAGCUCUCAAUCAGGUCUGUCAGAUAAUGAAAGUAUUCGUUCUGAGCCGGCCUUUAAUGCUAGAGUCAAGAAAACUAAACCGUCUGCGUACACGGAUAUGUUCUUUAAUCAAAACACCCCAAAGCGAAAGCCAAAUAUUGAAUCUUCCUCUUCUUUUCCUUCAUUGCCUCCUAAAUGUCAUUCAGACACUAGUCUACCAGAAAAAGUUAAAUCAAAAGGAGCAGUGUAUGUUUCCGAUGAUGACGAAACAAAAGCCAGGGAAGACAGGAAACAAAAACUUCAGCAAGAAAUUGACAAACGUAAAAAGAAACUCGAAGAAACCACAAAAUUGAAAACUGAAUUGUUCAAUUUGACACGACCAGGACAGGUGAUGGCCCAUAGUUAUGACGACAUCCCAAGAAAAUCAAGUCGAACAUUCCCAUCGACUCGCCCGAUCCCGACUGGAAUUAUCAAACCUUUAGAAGAUGACGAGGAUUUUGAUGAUGUUUCAGACGAUAAUGAAUUUGUCACCAGAAGUCAUCAAGAAAUUAGUAAAGCGAGUGUAGUGGACUCCAACGAGGCUAAUUAUAGCUCCUCUGAAUACCUGGCUCACAAACAGGAAUCUGUGAGACGAAGGCUAGAGGACGUGACGUCAUAUUCAAGUCCCUAUUUAUAUACCGGAAGUCUCAAUGACUCUCGUGUUUCUAAAACUUCCAAACAGAAGGUAGACUUUUACCUAGACCCCGCGGCUAGGGACGCUGUUAUAACUAGCAGUGUGACCUUACCUGACCUUCACUCUAAACGAACAGACGUGGAGUAUCAUGCUUCCAAGGACUAUGGAGCUGUGUCAGACACGGAGACCAGUCCUCCCAGCGACUCCACCCCCGCCAUGCCUCUACUCGCCGAUGUGAAAGAGAAGUCCAGGCAGAUCAUUCACGGCAUCGGAACCGGAAGCAGGCCGGUAUCUGCUGAGUUCAACUUUUCUGGGGGUGUAGAAGACCUGAUGAACGGCAUGCAUCGUGUGGAGAGCGAUAACAGCGUGGACGCGGACGAACCGAUCAUGAAGCACAUGAUGGAGGGCGGGGUCACCAUCCUUAAACAGCUAGAACGGAAGAAACAGCCUCCCCGACCCCAGCCGAAGGUGUACGAUUUCCCCAUAAAGAGGAUUUUACUGACACGGGACCCCAAGGAUCGAUCCAUCAAAGCAGGGAACGGGCUGGGAAUGAAAAUCGUGGGUGGUCGAACCAUUCCGGGGACAAAAACAGUAGGUGCCUAUGUAGCCGCUAUUUACCAAGGAGGCGUGGCUGAACAGUUACUCGGGGAACUACAAGAGGGUGACCAGAUCCUGGAGUGGAAUGGCAUCGAUCUCUCGGACAAGACUUACGAGGAAGUCCAAAAAAUCAUCUGUCAGCCGAACGGGGAAAUCGAGCUGGUAGUGCGCCCAGCUCCCUACAGAACCGGCGGAUCCAAGGAAGAGGAGGGGUGUGUUUCCUCCUACGAUAACCUGGAGUUCGUCUCGGACGAUGUCUACGAGAAGUGUAUAAAAUCUAAUCAUGGUGUGGAUCCCGGUCAGCUAGCAGCUCAGUUAGAGGGGAUUAAGGAGACAGGCUCCCCUAACACGUCUCAGUCCUCGUCCCAGCCCGACUACUACACCCCCAGCGUAUCCUCUCAAUGUAGCUCCCCCCGGUCUGACCCCGCCUCUACGUCCUCCGACAGACAGCGGGGAACCAGCUCAGACGACAGAAAUCACAGAACCAGCAUAGAGGACAGGCAAAUGAGGACUAGUUUAGAUGAGAGGUCCCAUAGAACCAGCGUAGAGGAUAGACAAAUGAGAACUAGUUUAGAUGAGAGGUCCCAGAGAACCAGUGUAGAAGAAAGACAAAUGAAAAGUUUAGAUGACAGACCUCAAAGGACUAUGUCCAAUGACAGAAUUCAGAGAUCAAGCUUAGAGGAAAGAUCGCAGAGAACUAAAUUAGAGGAGAGGUCUCCAAGGUCCAGUUUAGAUGAACGGCAGAGGAGACUGAAUAUGGCGCCAGAAGACAGCAACCAGAAGGGGAAUUCUUUACCGAGGCUGGAGUCCGUGGACAAAGUAGACAAGUGCACGCAGCAAGAAGAAAAAGACUGGGGUGAGAUACAGCUGCAACUAAGUCAUGACGAGUACGAGAGUACCCUUCAUAUCCACGUCAUUCAGGCCAGGAACUUAAAACCCAAGGACAUUAACGGACAGUCCGACCCCUUUGUCAAAAUCUAUCUCUUGCCAGGAAGAUGUUCGGAAAAUAAGAGGAGAACUAAACACAUUUCUCGGACAUUAAACCCGGAAUGGCAUCAGACGGUGGUAUUCCAGAACCUACACCACGAGGAGGUUAAAUAUAAAACACUGGAGAUCACCGUGUGGGACUACGACAGGUUCAAGGCCAAUGAUUUUCUGGGGGAAGUCGUCAUAGACCUCUCAGUGGAGGGCAUGAUAUAUAAAAUUUUUCUGAAAAUGACUGAUUGGCUGAAACCUCAUUGGGGUGUGGAACUCCCCAAACCCACGGUGCUGCCACCUGCAGGCAGGACUAACGACGUACGGAAAACUCUGACGUCACAGAGCGUCUACAGGACGUCCCGAAAGGGAGGUGACAAACCUGAAGCCAUGGGGCGGAGAAGGCGUUCCCUUGGUAACCUGGCGGACGUAGACCGUUCUUCUACCUCUGAUUCCUUGGAAACUUCCUCUACUCGUUCGUCACCUCUUCUACUACGUCACAAACCAUGUGAUAUGCAACUUCAGUAUUCUGCGCAUGCACCUGGUAAUGUAACCCAUUGUUUCAGUGGUUUGUCGCACAUCCUGUCUCUAGCACGUCAUUUCCUGUCUCCUUGUUCCCCGAAGAGAAAACCUACUUCCGGUGCACGUUCAUUUCGGCGGUUCUUUCAUAAGACAAAAAAUGAAAACAGGAGUAUGACAACGUACUGGCAUUACCAAAGUUUUGAUUGACCAAAGUGUAUAUCUAGGAUCUUUUUCCAAAGCAGCCUGUGAUAUAAAGUGUACAAAGUUAUGUUAAGUGUGUAGUAAGCAAACGGAGGAGACACUUAAGUGAGUUUACAUACAAAUGCGGCAUGUGGUGUAUGUGUAAUGAACAUAAAGCUCUCCUUUAUAUUAUUAUGAGGUCAGACAAUGAUUUCUUGUGAUAUCUAUUUUAUUUAUUUUCUUUUGUCUUUUAAAUAAAUGAUAAAAUUGUGUAGGCAGAAAUAAAAUUUUGUUAACCCAA